UUUACAUGGCCAGAGGGUCUAAAGUUGCAUGAAGAGAAUAAACAAAAUUCAUUUUAACUCUCAGAAUUGACAUAUAACAGAUGCUUUGCCUCAGUUUAAGUUUCUUUGGCACAAGCUGGUUUUGCAUUAUUUAUUACCACCAAUAGUUGAGAUUUCAUAGCAGUAAAUUCUCUGAGAUCUUGACAUUAUUGCUUAAAGGAAAAUCAGUGGGAAGAAAGGAAAAUCAGAUGAGAGUAGAGAAUUGUUUGAACAAUAGAAGGUGAAAUUCUGAGCCUAAGCCAAUGGGCUGCUGUGAACCAUCGGUGCAAAGCAGGGCAUGAACCCUUCAGCCAUGAAAUUCAUUUCAGUCUCCUCCCCACACACCCACCCCUCCACCAACAUCCACGUCCCUCCAAAAACCCUCGUGCCCCCCGUUUUCCAAGCUGCCAGCUGGGACAGGGAGAGGAGCUCAGCCUCCAGUGCUGAGGAUUCCCAGGAUUCUGGCUCCGAGAGCCUGGAGAAGCAGAGGCAGCACCUGCAAACUCAGGAGCUGGUAGGGCAGGAGGUUGGUGACAUCCUGGAGGGUGACAGCCUGGAUGGGGACAGCUUGGAGGGGAUGAGCUCUGAAGAGGAAGGAGCUGAACACAGCACAAAGAAGGAAAGGAAACCAAAGAUUUGUGGCAGUGGAAGGAAGAAACUGCCUGUGGACAAAUAUUCCAGCCUGAGGUACAAUCCUCAUUGGAAGAAUGCAACAAAGGGAGAUUUUUUUGAGGCAGAGGAGUCACCCCAAGUUUUUGGAGGAAGCAGUGGGGACUUUUCAGUGGAUUCAUUUUAUCUCCAUCCUGAUGGCUCCUCAGAGGAUAACCAGGAUUCACUCCCAGAGUUUGAGCCAGAAUUAUUCAGCUUCCAUGGAGCAAAUGUGGCCAGCAGCAAACCUGAUGGGCCACAAGCCAAAAGGGAGGAACCUGCAGAUGGAUUCCAUCCCAAAAAUAAUCCUGGCCACGCUUUUCCUGCUCAGAACCAACAGGAUCCACCCCAAAGAGCAAAAAAGGACUUUGUGAAAAAAAAUAAACGGACUUUGGGCUUACAGUCAGAGAGGAUUAAUUCCUAUCUUGAGCUGCACAAUAAAAAGCAGCAAGUUCUUCAAGGGCAGGUCACAGAUCCUCCACCAGCUGAUGAAGAACCACUCCAGAGUGUCCCAGCAUUCCAGCCUGGGAAAAUGAAACCUGAAGAGAAAUGGUACCCAAAAGGACAGCAGCUCAAGGAGCAGCCCAGGUCCUUGCAGAGACAAAAAGCAGAGCCCAAGCAGCCUCUGAGGGGCAGAACCUUGGCAAGGAGCGAUGGCCCAGAGCCCCCAGGAGCAGCAGGAGCAGCGAAUGCCCGGGUGCAGAGGCAGCAGCAAACCCCAGGGUUCCAGGCUGCCCCCCCUGCCCUGGGGCAGGAGCCCAGCUCAGCCCCCAACCCAAAUUCUGCUCUUGGCCCAGCAGGAAAACCCCAGAGUGGGUUAAAUGAUAUCCCAAAUUCAAUCCUUACCACGCCUGCCUAUUUUCUCCCAAUAUUUCAGAAUUUUUACCCACCAGAGGUUUUAGAUCCUGAAUGUCCCAGUCAGGAGGACAAGAAAUACCAGCAGGACUCUCCAGCUGGAAUUCCACAGCAAUUCCCAGCCAAUGCCGUCCCUGGGCAGGAUUUUUCCAGGAAAAAGAGCAGCAGUGACCAGGCACAUCCAGAAUUGGAGAAUAUUUCACCUGAUUUUAAUGCAAUUUUUCAAGAAAGAGUGAAGGAUCAAGCACCUCUUCCAGAUUUCAAAAAUCACAUUCAUGAGGAUCACAGCUCACCAACACCUGCUUGUAGAAUCUCCCAUCUCAUAGAGAAGAAGGAAAAGCCAAGAAUUUCUGAUUUUGAAGAUGAUUUUGCUGGCACGUGGCUGUGGGGUUUGUUCCCACCUGCCCUGCCCCAGGGAGACUCAGGAAAAGCUGAAGGAAAUCCAAGGAAAAUGAGAAGAAGCAGCUCAGAGGGGUCUCUGCUGCAGAGGGAAAAACAAAACCAGCCCAAAGCCAGCAAGAAGCUGGGGAGCUCCAAAUUCUACUUCAAUCUGAGUAUGAAGCUUGGAGGCCUUGGACCUGACUAUGAAACAAUCAAAGAGAAAAAAGAAAAGCUGAAGCUGCAGAAGGAAUAUUCCAGGCAAAUCAAGGAAUAUAACAUGAAGAAUCUGACUGUGGUUCAGAGGCUGCCUGCAAAGGCCCAGGUGUCCUCGGUGGCCCGGCAGAAGGCUCUGGAAUAUGCCAAGAAGAUUCCAAGACCAAAGACGUUCAUAGCAAAGCAAUGGGAGCAGGAGGUGAAGGAGGCUCUGCCCCAGGCCCCAGCUGGACCCAGGUUACCCAAAAUCCCAUCCCUGGAAUCCCUGUGGAGCAGGCACGAGAAGGAGAAGGAAGCUGUGGCUGCUUUUGAAGCCCUUCACAUCUUGUAGGUACUUGGGGGAGCUCAGGGAUCGAGGCAAAAAUGCCUGAAUUGUUUUUAUUUUCAGCUGGGACCAUCACAUUUUCAUUUCCCGGUCUGCUGAAAUUUAAACUGGUUUAAGUUUAAUUAUUUUUCAAUGUUAGAGUUGGUUUUAAUUGUUCAACUUGUGCCUGUUUUGUUAAUAAAUUGACCUUUUGCAUUUUUAGCAUUUUAAAUAUAGUGCUCAGUUCUUUUAUUAGAAAAUGUUUUGUUAGAAAUUUAUUCCUCUGUUCUUUUUCUUUGAAAUAAAGGAUCUGAAAAUUGCAUCUUUUACACCAAUAA